AUGACUGCGAUUACCGUCUCGACCACCGGCAUGCCGCCAAACGAGGAGACCACCCCGGACGCCUUGGAUGCAGUGGACUAUGAUCCAGUCACCGGCACCCUCCACGACUACGAAGAUGAAUUGGACAAUAACAUCAGCGCCCUGGUCGAAGAACAAGUCACAUCCAAUGCGGGCAGCGUGGAACGCAUCCAGACAGCCAAGGCUGAUCUGUCAGAGCUGUUCAAGAAGAUCGACGACGUACGAGAGCGCGCGAUGAAGACCGAACAGGCCAUCACAGACAUGACGGCCGACAUCAAGCAAUUAGACAACGCGAAAAAGAACCUCACGCUGUCCAUGACGGCGCUGAAACGGCUUCAGAUGCUUACCACAGCCUAUGACCAGCUUCAAGCGCUGAGCCGGACCCGACAAUACCGAGACUGCGCGCAGCUCCUCCAGGCGGUGAUCCAGUUAAUGGCCCACUUCAAGUCAUACCGAUCGAUCGACCAAAUCGCGAUCCUCAGCAGGAAUGUGGCGGACAUACAAAGAGAUCUUCUAGAACAAGUCUGCGAGGACUUUGAGAUUGCCUUUGCCAAGAGCGAGGUCGCUCAGAAGCGCGCGGUUCUUUCGGAGGCAUGUCAUGUUGUGGAUGCGCUGGGCGAGCACGCUCGAUCCCGACUUGUGACUUGGUAUUGCAACACGCAGCUUCGCGAGUACCGUCAGGUCUUCCGCAACAAUGAAGAAGCAGGAUCGUUGGACAAUAUUUCCCGCAGAUAUUCCUGGUUCCGGCGCAUACUGAAGAUCUACGAUGAGGAGAUCGCAGCCAUCUUCCCGGCUGCUUGGAGGGUGAAUGAAAUCCUGGCCAAUGUCUUUUGUGAGGGCACUCGGGAUGAUUUCAAGGGCAUUUUGUCCCGGUCAGUGCGCAGUGGACAGACAAUUGACGUCAAUCUACUGCUUUCUUGCCUACAAGAAACCCUUGAGUUUGAACAUUCGCUCGAAAGCCGGUUCGCGCCUUCGCGCCCAUCCACGGACACGUUCACCUCUUCGAAUGAAAACCCGGUGUUCGGCCAGUCUAUCUCUGAGGCUUUCGAGCCUUAUCUGAGUGUCUGGGUGGAUGCACAGGACAAGCAGCUCGCCGCGCUGUUGCCCAAGUACCGCCAACAGCCUUUGCGACCCCCUGACGAGGAAUUCAACUCUCACAUAGUGAUCUCUUCCUCGACCGAGCUCUUCGCAUUCUACCGUCACUCUCUACAACAAUGCGCCAAGCUUUCAACGGGUGGAAGUCUGGCCGAAUUGGCCAAGGUGUUUGCAAAAUACUUGGACCAGUACGCACAGCAGGUGCUCCUCAACUAUAUCAGUGAACGGCCUAGCGGGCACACCCCUUCAAAGGUGCCAACCAUUGAGGAUUUGGUAUCCGUUCUCAAUACCGCUGAUUACUGCUACACCACGUGUACUCAGUUGGAAGAGAAGAUCAAGGGUCGAUUGGAUGAGUCCCUCAAGCAAUCAGUGGAUCUCCAGAGUCAGGCAGAUUCUUUCAUGGGCAUUGCGUCCGCGGCCGUGCGAGGACUUGUGCGGCAAGUUGAGGUCGAAUCGGAACCAAGCUGGCGUGAAAUGCGCAACACACCCUGGAGCAAAAUUGAGGCUGUCAGUGACCAAAGCUCGUAUGUGAGCGAGCUACUAUCGCGCACUAAAGCGAAGGCAUCGGAGAUCUUGCAACUGCUGCAUAAGCAACAGUAUGCCCGUGCCUUCUCUGAUCACCUGGUCGAACUGAUGUCAAGUUUGUUCAUCAGCAAUGUCUUCCAGUGCAGGCCUGUUUCCGAGACAGGCGCCGAACAAAUGCUUCUUGACUCAUAUACACUCAAGAGUGGCCUCUCAUCCCUUCUCCCUGCCCCUGCUCCAGCUGGCUUCGUGAAGCGUGUCAACAGCAGCUUCUUCAAGAUCGAAACUCUCCUCAAAACACUACAAGUCCGGCCAUCACCGCCAGAGGCCUUAGUGCAGGCAUACCUCAUCCACAUCGCGGACCGAAACAACAAUAACUUCCGCAAGAUCCUCGACCUCAAGGGCAUACGCAGCCGGCAAGAGCAAAACCAUCUCGUUGAGCUCUUCCAGCUACAUCGUGCAUCUGACCGCUACGCAUCCAAUCUCCAACCAAGCAAUCCGAUUCUCACAGCUCUCCAAGCACCCGCCGCUACCACAACCGGAUCAGUCUCCCAAGGACUAGGUCUUAGUGCCGCUGGAUCGAUGCCUUCGCGUUUCGAUGCCUCCAUGCUCGGCUCUGCCAUCAUGUCCGCCGCCAAGGACGGUGUCGACCGUUUCGGAAACCCCAGUCUCAGCACCCUUGGUGCUUCGGGUGUUCCUGGCAUCACGGGCACGCCCCCGUCUGGUUUUGCUGGUACAUCCGGCACGCCUUCUCCUGCGCCAAUGACCUCUGCUCAACAAUCUGGCCAUGCGCAUACUCCAUCGGAAUCGACUGCUGCCGCUAAUUUGAACGAGAACCUGAAGAAUAUUGGAAAGUUCUUCCGUCGUGAUCUGGGUGGCUUUGGGGGUCGGUUUGGACGAGGCGCCGAUGAUGCUGCGUGA